AUGGCGGACGGGUCUAUGGUCUUCUUGCUGCUAUCUUUUCUGGCUGUCAGUGUAUCUAGUCUGGAAGUAUGUACAAAGUUGGACGACUGCUCCUGUAAAAGGAGUAAUGGAAAAAUAAUCAGCUUAAGAAACAUCGAUGGCAAGUCUGGUCCCAAGUAAGGAGUCUUUAACUUUAAACUGCGAAGUUUGCACUUGUUGAAGCUCGCAUUGUACUUCUCUGGAUGCCAGAGGUCUUUCGCAAAGCAGCGGCGAGAAGCGUACAAGAGCUGAAUCGAUCAAUCCGUUGCCCCCAAACAGGAAAAAAAAAGACUCUGGCAACCAGGGUAAAGCUACCUUUGUAUCGACGUUCCAAGCUUCUUGUCGCAGAAGGAGAAUGUGGGUGCGAAACCCUUGGCAAAUAAGAACCACCGAUUCAUUUUUUUUUUUUCAGUAUCACAUACAAUGACCCCAAUUUAUGUUCCCAUGUUUCUUUACUUUUUAAUUUGAUCUUAUCAUGAUUAUUUUAUACAAUUCUUAUGAGCUCAAGCUUAAGCCUUGUAUAGGAAGAAAUAUUGUGUGAGCUACCAUACGGUAAUCGCCUGAUGUCUUGUUACACUUUCAGUUCCCCCUUACAUGACGGUCAUGGAAUUUUCUGAGGGGGGCUUUAAAAGCUAUUUAAGAAAACGAUAGCUGCAUGAACAGCAUUUGAAUAACCUGCAACCUCCUCUUUUGGAGAUGUUUUGGCAUAGAGCCCAACAUUAUUUUCUGUAUUGAUUAUUGCAACCCAAAUCAUGAUGGUCACAUCUGUUUCCCAGUGUAAGAUUCUCACUAAGUGGCUUUUGAGAAAUUUUAGACAAUUCGAUUAACAGCUUCUUGGGUUAAUAGAAACUGUUUAAGACUCAAUGUUAAACCAUUUUUAAUGUUGGCAGAUAUUGUCAAAUGGUACUCCACUACAAAGUUUCUUUUAUGUUAUCAUUAAUUCAUCACCUUUCUGUGCUUAUAGUUCCACUGUUUUUUAAGACUUACUUUUCUCACUGGUCUUGCUGCCUUGAGAUAGUGUACCAUUCAGACUAUCCCCAUGUCUUUGUAUAUUGAGACUUUAGGGUGCAGAGGAUCAGCAUGAACUAGCCCAAAAGUCAUUUUGACUGCUAAGCCUCCACCCCCUCCCUGCCCCCCCACCCCCCCGAAAAAAAAAAAUUAAAGAAGCACUACUCGCAACCACUACCAGCCCACUUUUGAAGGGUUGGACAAGCAACUCAAAGAUAUGAGAGUUUGGCGCAGUCAUCAGGAGCCAAUUUAAUAAAACUCUCACAAGUGUAAUGUUGACAAGUGUGUCCAUUGUUCUAGGGUCGUACGACAGUAGCUAUGCUAAUUUUGUAAAUUUAUUACAGGGCUUGAAACAAUUGGCGGUCAAUGGACAAUGUCCGGACUGAUUGGAGAGUUGACUGCAGUCAACUUUUCGUCUUGCAGGGCAUGCACAUUGUAUUGAAAAAAAAAAUAAACAAAUUUCUACACUAUUCAGUUGUUUCAGUUGUUAUCAGUAUGUAGCAAGUCACUGUGUGUUGUGGAACAUUGAUCUGAAAUCCUGCAGGGUGAAAUGCAACUAGAACCAUUGUUUACAAUUCACGCAUUGCAACAGACAUUCGGAUUCACACACUUCCAGUCACAAAAUUGAAAAUAUUUUCACUUUUGUUAGUUCAUUUUCUCCAUGAAUACAAAUUUUCUUCCCUCGUAAUGACGAGACACAUGGAUUACUGGCGGAGUUAUAAGAUCAAGAUCUCACACCUCAAUACAUACUCCAGAAAUCAUAAUAUUUGGAGGCACCGGACAAAUUUAAUGUGUACAAUAAUUUAUUUUUAUUAUUGGCAAUAAGUGCUUUGAAGUACUAUAAGCUCUAAGCAAAGACUUUUUUGGAAAUAUAUAACACCAGUUUUGAUUGAUGGGCCCCUGUUUUAAGAGUUAUUUAUGUUAUCAAUUUGACCGCCCAGAAAUCAUACAUGACCAAGCUAAAAUGAAUUUGGCUGGACCUCAUGUCCAGAGACUCUCCAGAAAUUAUUUCAAGCCUUGUUAUUACACUUGGAAUAGUUAGAACCAGUCUAUCUUUGCAAAAAGGAUGCAAUGGGAUGUGCUUCUGAUACAAAGCUUUUGGAACCUUUGCGCCAGAUAGACCAAUCCAGGAUUUAACUUUCUCGUAAUUUUUGCACCUGCAAUUUCUUGUGUCCCUGCAUUUAAAAUUUUAAAUUUUUAAGUGCUAGUAACUUAGCAGGUGACAUUUUCACCCUGCUGAAGGUAGCAGUGCUGGAAUCCUGGGCUUUGGGAUGUAGGAUACUGCUCAAAGAACUGACAAUUGAAAUCCAGAAUCCAAGAUCCACUGACAAAAAAUCCACAAUCCAGUACAGUCAAACCCCACGUUUACUGAUACCCACUAAAGACGGACACCUCAUUAUUAUGGACAGUUUACUUUGUUCUUGGGGAAAGAAAGCCCUUGUUUUUUCUCUGAAUUGAAACCCCUUAAUACAGACAUCUGGUUAAUACAGACACCUUCUUUGUUCCCCUCAGUGUCCAUUUUAAUGAGGGUUUGAUUUUACCGGCCUGGAAUCCAGAAUCUUACACUGUCUUGGAUCACGUUAUAUGGGGCCAAACGGUAGCUGUGCCUUAAAAAAAGAGAACCUUCUGUUUCAAAUGGCAAUACCCUGUAAAUUUGCAAAAUUUUGUAUAAAAUGUGUCAUUUUUUGACCAGGUAGAACUUACAAAGAGGUAUAAUAUAUCUUUCAUGUUGCUGUUGUUGUUGUUUUUUUCUUCUUUAGAUUUACUGGGAUAAAACAAAACUCUAAACCAUUUACCUUCACCUGGAAUCCAUGUACUAAGUUUUCGAUUCCCAGUGACUGCAAUGAUGUCUUGGUGAGUUUGUGCUACUGCUAUUAUGCUUUAAAUGUGAACUGUAUUUUUAUUGUGAGUGCUGAAUUGAAAGAAACCCUCUGA